GACCCCGAGGUACUGCAGGAGGCAGUGCGGUUCUACCACAUGAUGGUGGUGUGGCUGGUGCGCUUUGUGGGGGGCUUCCACCUGCCGCUGCCUGCGCCGGCGCCCAAGGACUGGGCGUCCAUGCCCGAGCACUUUGUGGAUGAUGCUAUCGAGACUCUGCUGCUCGCCUCGCGCAUCCCACAUGCCCUGGAUGGCUUGAGACUCGUGCGUGGAGAUGGGAUGGGAUGGGAUGGGCGCUUGAUGGUUGUGGUGUCUGGCCUAGCCACCACCCAUUCUUCCCUCGUUGUCCAUUCCUGCUCCACUCCGCCAGUCGUUUACCACUCCUGGAACUCUUCUCUCCCCGCCACCCACUUUCCCCCGUCUUUCCACCACCCACUCCUGCCCACGUUCUUUCCACCCAUCUCUCCCCCCCCGCCCCCUUCCCGGCCCCCGCCGCAUCUCUCCAGUCCGACGCCCACGGUGGCAGCAUCGAUGGCGUCGCUGUUUGAGGGGCACCCCUUGGCCAUGCGGCACCUGGCGCCCAACCUCAUCAAGCUCUACGUUGAUGUCGAGUUCACUGGCAGCCACAACGCGGUCAGUGGGGGGCAGGGGAGGGGUAGAGGAAAGGGGAGGGGGAAAGAGGGGAACGGGGAGGGGAAGAGAGAAGGGAAAGAGGG